AUGGCUUCGAAAUUCACUUUUCCACCUCAGAGGGAUCAUGGUACCGGUUUCACUUUCCCACCGACAAAUGCAGUAGAAAAGUCCAACAGUGGUAACCAGAUAUCGAUAGAUAUUGAUCCUUCGAGCCAAGAGCAUUCAGUGGAAAUAAGUCAAGUCCCUCAAGAUCCACCUCAUUUGCACCAAUUCCUUACCAAUGCACCCACUAUUGAUAUUCCACCUCCUAUUGAUAUUUCAGAGGGAACCCCAUUAAGUGAGCAAUUACUUUUUCAGCAUCAACAGGAAGUAAAGGACCAGGUUUCCCUAGAGCCCUUUAUUGCGCAGCAAGACAACCAUAAGGAUAUUUCAGUGAGAAUAACCGAACAACAAGAGCAGCCGAGCAUGCAAGAGUCAACACCCACGGAUAUUGCAACAAAAUCUGUGGCGGAAGAUUAUGUAGCUAACCUAAGACAGCAAAUGGCCACUGAUUGGAAAAGUCCAUCUGAAUAUGCUCUUCAUAUACUUUUCACAAAGUUUAUUCGAUAUGCGGAAAAUAAAUUAAAUACGUGUCUGCAGCAACUAGUCGUGAUGGAACCUGCAAUCGUAGAAAUUCUAGGGGAAGGAAUUGAUCCCAGUUUUGAUGAAAUUAUAAGAUCCUUAGGUCACAUAGCAAAAAAAAAGCCAAAACCCGUUAUUGAUGCAAUGAUGUUUUGGAGGAAGACAAAAUCAGAAGCUGCAAAUUCAGCUUCAGAGGAAGUGGAAAAACUAAUAAAAGAUUACGAGUUUGAAAAAGUGCACCCUACUCAGUUUAUGACGAACAGGCGGUUAUCAAGAUCCUCCAGUAAUACAACUUCCAAAUAUAAGCAUAAUGCCAGCAUAAAUGGCCUUCCUAACAUGAAAAGGCAUGCGUCAUCGUCUGUAAACAACAAAGUUCCAUUACUCAAGACUAGCAGUGGCAGUAACAGUACUAUUUCAGGCCCAUCCAUAGCAAACUCGCAGCUGAAAAGCCUAGAGAACGCUAUUGACUUGGCCAAGGAAGAAGCUUUCUUAGCGGACAGGAAAUCUUUAAUCAGCAUAUACAUUCUUUGCAGAGUACUAAACGAAAUUGUCAAGCAAGCACCCCAUAACGAAGAAGAAGAUUUAUCCGAUAAGCUAGAAGAAAUUGUUUUCACUCAGUUGAAAACUACAGAUCCACUUUCUAUUUCGUCUAGCUUGAUCAAAUCCUCGAACUGGAAUUCAUUUGCAGAACUUUUAGGGUCCAUGUCUGAAAAGAAAUUCUUGUCAGUUAGUGAUCGUUUUAUAGCCGAUCUAGAAAUAAUUCCUACGUAUAUCCCUCCGGAAUUAGAGCCAAGUACACACUUGUUAAUUCUUGGCAUGAGAUACCUGAAAUUAAAGAACUAUCCGCUAGAGAAAUUUGAAGAGAGUGCAGAUUUUAUGAAAAGUUUGUCAAAAUUUUUUGCAAAAACUGAAAAUUUCCCUGUUUGUCUAGCUUACGCUGAAGUCACAAACCAAUUAUUACUACCAUUAGCUGGUUCGUUGACCGCGGAAGUAAAUCAUCCCACAUGGGUAGAAGCAAUGUCCACUCUACUGAAUACUGCUAAAAGACUGCAGGCCGAUAAUAAGUAUUGGGUAAGCGGAUUCAAACUAACAGUUUCUAUUUUAUGUGCCUCACCGCCAGAUUUAUUUUCCAAGAAAUGGUUAUCAUUAUUGGAGGCAAACGCAUCGAAAGUUAAGUCUAAAAGUUUGAAUGAAAGAACCAUUUUUGCAGUUGGUUUAUCAAGAUUAGUUUGGGUUUAUCUGUAUAGAUGUCCGGAGACUUUGAAUAACACUACAAGAACACUUACAAAACUUUUACAACUGUACUUGAACACGAGAAAAAAGGAAAAUUGGAUAACCGGCGAUUUUGGACUUUUAAAUCCCUUAACAGAUGCACUGAUAUCGAUUGGGUUUUUGCACCCAAACUUUUUAAUGGAGCAAGCCUUGAUUCCUUUGAUACGACAAUCUUUCAAUGGUUCCAAUCUGGAAAAUGCGAACUAUGAAAAACUAAUAUUAACCAUAAAUACAUAUAAAGGUUUGUUAGUUACUAAGGAAAGGCCGAAGUUUCCCGAAGACGAUAAUAGAUUUUACGAAUUGAACCUAAACAACAUUACUGUAAACCAGAUUCAAGAAGCAUCCUCCAUAAACCAUAACGAAAUAUCGGAUUAUUUUUAUAAAUUGUUCCUUCUACUAGAUUCUAGCAUUGGCUCUGAAGUCUGGUCUCCUGAAAAUCAGCAUCAAAAGCAAUCAUCGAAUACAUUCAGUCCGUUUACUUUUAGCUUUUCCAAUGACAACGAUUCAAGUAAAAAUAAGUCAUUCUAUGUUAUAUUGUUUGGUACCAUUAUUGAAGCUAUACCUUGCUGUCUCUCUAUUUCACGAAAUAUUCCAUAUAAAUCUACGAUCGAAAUCUUAUCAAGGAACGCCGUCCAUUCAGAGACAAUAAUUUCCUCGAGCAGUCAAAACGCACUAAGGGCAUUAGCUGCUAAAAAGAAUCCAUACACCCUAAUUACCUGGUUUGCGAAAUAUUCGUUUGAUUUUGACGAAAAGACACAAUCAAGCUAUAACAUGUCAUAUUUGUCAUCGAAAGAAUACAACAGGCUAUUAAUGCUUUACGUUGAGCUCCUAGAAUCCUGGCUGGAGGAGUUUCAAUCAUCUAACAAAGAAGAAAAUAAGAAAGAAACUGGAUUAGAUGGAAUUCGUUUGUUACCAGUCGAUCCAGAACAAGAAGAAACUAAUGAAACAGAAAAACUGGAAUGGAAAAAUACAGUAACCGUUAUCGAGGAAGUGGAAGGGAACGGUUUAUUUUUCCUCUGCUCGCACGACGCAAGAAUCCGUAGGUUAGGUGUGCAGAUAUUGAGAAUUAUUUUCAAAUUUGACGAGGCCAUGAUGGAAAAAACUGAGAAAUUAUCUAAUGGACAUUCGAGGUCAUCAUCUCAUUUCGCAGCGGACCGUGGUACAAGGCUUAUUGAUUUAUUGAAUGAAUGUAACACUACAGCCCUAAUUAAUCCACACAAGGCAACGUUAAGUGCGGUUGAAAAAACAAGAUUCAACCGGCUAAACUCUAAAUAUAAGAAGGGACUACUUAUUAAACUGGCAGAAUCAGAGUAUGGGGUAGACGCUGCAUUAUGGCAAAGGGCCUUUCCUAAAUUAUUGGCACUGGUUUUUAAGACAUGUCCUAUGGCCAUGGCAUUAUGCCGAUCUAUCGUUUGCAUAAGGUUGGUUCAAGUACAUGAAAUCAUUCUGCGCGUAGCAAAUGACGUCGAUUUUAAACCCAAGAAUGUUCUACCGGAAACAAUUGUAAACCAAUGGAAACUCUAUUUAAUUGCAGCAUGUACUUCAUUAACGUCCACGUUUGACCAAAAAUUGCAUAUUCCCUCUAAUAUUCCUCAACAUGGAAGGAAAAAGAGCCAACAAAUUUUUACUGUUCAGCAUCAGAAGAUCAAAUCUGCGAAAUCAAUCUUCAAAAUGGUUCUUCCUUUAUUGAAUGCGAAAUACGUUAUGAUUAGGGACGCCAUUAUAACAGGAUUAAGUUCAAUGAAUAUCAACAUCUUCAAAGCAUACGUAGAAGCCAUCGAUGUAUUCUUAAUGGCCUGGAAGGAGGGAAGUUCCAAUAAUCAAAUUAGAGUUGAGAUGUUCCAUAUUGUGACGAUUUUAUCACCAUAUUUGAAGGCUGAUAUGAUAUUUAAUGAUGAAUGGAUACUUCGGAAACUAUCUGAGUUUUUACAAAAAACAAAACAGUUUCUUGAAAAGGAUUCCGUACAAAUCUCUUAUGAAUACCAAUCACUGCGAAGCUAUUUCGCAGGCCUUAUACUAAGUUAUUAUAUGGCAGUAAGGGAACACCCGCAAAUAGACCAAUUAUUCCCUUUUCAAGCCCGUGCCUCUUGUUUCAAUUAUUUGAAAGAGUGGUGCGGUUAUGGUGAUUAUGAACCGAUAUCUGAAGAGAGAUAUGCCAUAAUGAUCAAAAAUACUGAAAAUGGCAGAGAUAGAACCGCGAUCACUACUGGAAUAGAGUUCCAAAAAAAUAGACUUCAAAUGAUCGUAUUAGAGACUAUGGUCGCUUUAUGUUCAGACCCAAUAACGCAAACUUUGGAUGAUGAUUUAGAAUUACCCAUUGUAAUUUCUUUUGAUACUGAAGAUUUACUUGCCUGGAUUGAAGCAUUAUUCAACUCAGAUAACACAACCGUUAGAAACCUUGGGGUGCGUGCUUUAGAGAAUUUACUGGAGAAAAACAGGGAAAACUCUAAACUUUUUAAAGACGUUGCAUUCCAGUGUGUUUCGCACCAUUCUCAUUCUUCGGUAGCUGUCUUAUAUUACACUACACUCUGUAAAUCCGUGUUGAAAUUGGAUGACUUAGUUUUAGAUGAAGACGAAUUAGUUUCUUUGGGUUUGUAUGGGCUGGUGGCUGAUAAGGAAGAUACCAGAACAUAUGCCGUUGAUUUACUUUCAGCCGUUGAAACCAAGUUGCAUAACUCUUCUUAUACUAAGGUAUUCAAAGAAAGGCUUGCAAACUCUUCAAAGACUGUGUAUAAAUCAACUGCAAAGGAAAUCUCUAGUAUCUUUGCCGAGCUGCUAUCCCAAGACUUAUGUUUGAGAAUAUUUUCUAGCUUGGUUAGAAUACUAGAUUUGUUCCCUUUUGAGAUAAAAAGAGAUUUGUUAGUGCUCAUGGUACCCUGGGUGAACAAAUUUACAUUAAAAUCGGUAGAAGAGCUCGAUACCUUUAUGGUUUUGAAUAAUUUAUUUUUCAUCACCAUCGAUCUUAACGAUUCUUUACCAAACGAAGUGGAGCAGCUCUGGAUUUCGCUAGGCAAGGGUAAUUCCUUUCAAAACAUACACGUAUCAUUGGAAUACAUUAUAAACUCUUCAAUGAACCAUUGUAAUCCAUUAUUUGUUCAAUAUGCGAGAGAUAUCGUCUUGUAUUUGGCAAAUAUUCCUGGCGGUAUUGGACUACUUGAUACAUUGUUGAAUAAUUUAGAACCCAAAUGCAUGGUUCCUUCAACCAAGCAUACGUUCAUUGAGCCCAUGAACAAUAAUAAGUACUCUUUUUUGGGGAAUAUUUGGGAACGUUUGAAUUACAACGGAAAAAGAAUUAUCUUCUCGAAGGCGCAGCUUUCAAUAGUUUUUUUGGUAAAUUUGCUAACGAACCUGAGUGAAUCUGUCAAGGCAAAAAUCCCAUUACUCUUACAUAUGUCCAUUUGUUUACUAGACCAUUAUGUUCCCCUCAUUCAUGAAAGCGCAUGUAAAAUUGCGUCUACAUUAAUAUUUGGAUUGGCACCAACCCAUGAAAAGUCUGAGGAAACCGUCAAGCUGCUAAGAAAUAAGCAUGUCCUGUGGUCAUAUGACAAUUUGAUGAAAAAAGGCGCUAGAUCACCUAAAACUAUGGAUUUACUGAUCAGGAACAUUAUCGCUAUAUUUUCAGAAUUGGAGGAAUUUCAAGUAACCUGGCAAAGAAUCGCCUUAAAAUGGGCUACUACUUGCUCAGUAAGGCAUAUAGCGUGCAGGUCUUUUCAAGUUUUCAGAUCGUUAUUAACAUUCUUGGAUCAAGAAAUGUUGCGUGAUAUGCUUCAUAGACUCUCAAACACUAUAUCAGAUGGAAAUGUUGAUAUACAAGGAUUUGCCAUGCAAAUUUUGAUGACUUUAAAUGCGAUAAUGGCGGAACUUGAUCCAACCAAUUUAAUCAGUUUCCCACAGUUGUUCUGGUCCAUCACGGCAUGCUUAAGCAGUAUACACGAGCAGGAAUUCAUUGAAGUUUUAUCAUGUUUGAGCAAAUUCAUUUCCAAGAUCGAUUUGGAUUCGCCGGAUACUGUGCAAUGUUUGGUUGCCAUUUUCCCUUCGAAUUGGGAAGGUCGGUUUGAUGGUUUACAGCAGAUAGUCAUGACUGGAUUGCGAUCUUCGAAUUCCUUGGAAAUUACAUGGAAAUUUUUGGAUAAGUUAAAUUUGUUGAAGGAUAGUCGAAUUAUAGCAAAUACAGACUCUAGGCUAUUGUUUGCAUUGAUUGCAAAUCUUCCAAGAUUUUUGAACGCAAUGGACCGUAAAGAUUUUACGGCCAUCCAGGUUGCCGCAGAUUCUUUAAUUGAGCUAGCAAACGCGUACGAGCAACCUUCAUUAUCCCGCUUGAUUGAUUCUUUGGCAAAGAAUAAAUUCAGGUCAAAAAAGGAUUUCAUGAGUCAAGUAGUAAGUUUUAUAUCAAGGAACUAUUUCCCCCUAUAUUCUGCUCAAACUUUGGUAUUUUUAUUAGGACUUUUGUUUAAUAAAACAGGAUGGAUUAGAGUUCAAACUUUAGAAAUCUUGAAAUAUGUUUUCCCUUUGAUUGAUUUAAGAAGGCCAGAGUUCAUUGGAGUGGGAGCUGAUUUAAUUUCUCCUUUGCUGAGAUUACUUUUUACUGAGUACGAAGCAAAGGCUUUAGAAGUCUUGGAUUGCGUACCAAACGUUUCUGGGAGCAAGAUGGACAAGGACGUACUAAGAAUAACGAUGGGCAAUAAAGAUGUUAAGGAUAGCGAUAACGCUACUACUACGUUGUUUGGUUUGCCUGAAGACAGUGGUUGGUCUGUUCCUAUGCCAACAAUGACUGCGGCUACAACAAGACACAACGUUCACGCAGUGUUUAUGACAUGUGGCACAAGCAAAUCAGAUGAAAUCUCUGCUCAUGGAUCGGAUGAUAUGGAUGCAAUUAUAGAGUUUCAUGCGGAUGGUGACUACGAACUUGGUAGGAUGGAUACGAUUGUAGAAUUUCAUGCGGAUGGUGAUUACGAUCUUGGAAGAAUGGAUACGAAUGAUUCCAUUUCUGUCACAGAAGAAAAGGAUGCUUCGUUAAGUCAUAUGUGGGCAGAAUUGGAUAAUUUGGAUAGCUUUUUUACAAAAGAUACAAAUGUACCAAAUAUUUCCUCUAAGAUGGACAUGGGAAUUCCUCACGGACGUUCAGACUCAAUCGAAACAACUCGUACUGAUCAAACAUUUUCCUUUGAAUCUGCUCCACAGCUGUACGAUAAAAAAGUCUCUGUUAUAUUGAACAGGAGCUUGUCAAGAACGCCGUCUAAUGUUUCAUUCAAGACACAUUUGGCUGAUUCGUUUGCAGUAAAAAUAAAUAGAAGUGGAAAACCCAGAAUAUAA